AUGUAACUGCUAAAGAUUACAGAAUUAUUGGAAUGCCCAAUACCUCAGUCAAAUGAUCUAAACUAGGUAUCUUCCAUCCAAUUAAGAGGUGGUGGAUGCUGUGGAACAACAUAGGUUUAUAGUGAUUCCAUAUAUAGACAUUAAUAAUAUGAAGAAGAUUUUGCAUCUAAAUUAUAAACAUUUACUAACAUAAUUGUUGAAAAAUCUUUAAGUUUUCAAGAUAAAAUGAAUUAAGAUGAAGUACUUACUGCAUUUUAGUGGUUUUACAAUAACAAGGAGAAAUUUCAAAUUCUGUGUAAUGAGGAGUCUUUAAAUACAAAAAAUUAUUAACUUAUAGAAAAAACUGUAGAAUAAUUAAUGAAAUAACUACUUACAUAUAUUAGACUUUCAGGUUUUCUAUUUUAUUCAUUGCUCUAAAUUUGUAAUGAUUUAUUUAGAAUAAUAUUUUCAUAUUAAUUAAAGAAUGUUGAUAGAUAUAUGUAGGAAGAUUAAAAAAAGAAAUAUUUAGAAUAUAUCUAAGAAAUUGAAUCGCAAACAUAAGUAGAAGCAAUCAAUAUUUGGCUUAAUGGGGUGGAAUUUGAACUAUAAAUGAUUAAAACUUGUGUAGCUCAUUGUAGGACAAACUCUUAAAAAGGAAAGGAGUUAGUUAUAUCUAUUAUGUGCGGUUUACUUUCAUCAAUAUCUUAAUUAAAACCCAGCGAUGAAUUAAUAUCUUCUGUUAUAGAAGGAGGAAAAUUCUUACUUUUGAAUUUCUAUGAUAAAUAAAUCCAAAACCCACUUCAAAUAUAUGAAAUCUAUUACUAUUUCGAAAAUUUGAAAUGGUCCAUAUUAAAUCAGUUGAAAUUAGGCUAUUCCAUUUAGAAUAUUAUAAAACAAAUUACAGAUGGAUACUCAAAAUACAUUAAACAAUCUAAGGAUUGGAUGAUACAUUAUUGUUGGGUAAAUAUGAUAUCAGAUUUAAUGUGUUAUAGACCAAUUGUUUAUAAAGAUUAAUUAUUAUAAACAUUAUAAUCAGGUACUUCAGUUCAAGAUUCUUGGAAUUAAUUAAUCACUUCUAAUUAAGUAAUUUAAUUGCCUUAUAACAAAUAGGCAGGUAAGCUGAAAAUAUUUGUAAACUAAAAUUUUAUAUUUAAAAAGUUUACAACAUUAAAAUUAUUCUAGGAGUAUCUCAUACAAAGUUCAAAUAGUUUUUUAUUAUUGCCCAACUAUAUCAGUUUUAAUUUUAAUGACUCUUCAGCUAAUUAAUUAAAUGGCGAAGAUCUUUUGAUAUAAUUAAUUACAAAUUAAUCGAACAUUGAAUUAAUAAAUGCUUUAAUUAAAUAAUUAAGGUCUAAAAAGGAGGAAUUAUUAAAUAAUUUUGAAGUUGUAAAAUAAUAAUUGAGUUAACAUUAUUCCUAUUUACAAACUGAUAAACCAAUAGAAAUUAAAAUAAUUAGAUAAGAAAUAAUGUUUUUAAUGAAUCAAAUCAAAAAGUAAAACUUAAUUUUGCUUUGUUUAAUAAAUGAGAUAAAUUAAUUAGUAAAUAAGGAGCUUUAAGUAAAUUAGAUAUUCUAAAUUAUUUUACAGGGACAUGAAUAAAAUUAAGGAGAAUAACUAAAAAUAUUAAAGUAAUAAAUAUUAACAUGUAUUGAAGAAGUUGAAACUACUUUUUUUAAAGAGUUUUUAAAUAGUUUACAUUCUGUAUCAUAAUUUUGGAUAUAAAUGUGUCACUAUACAACUCUUUCUCAUCAAGAAUUGAUAGAGAGAAGUCUUGAAUUUGAAAAACUACUUGAACCUUAAUUAAACUAAAAUAGUUCAAUUUUUACAAGCAUUAAUAAUAAUCUAGAUAAAUUUCUGAUAUAAGUUUCUUAGAUAAAGAGAACCUUCUUAAAGAUUUUAGAGCAGAAAGAAUUUAAAAUUUUUAUUAAAGAAUCUAUAUCUUAAUUUAGCUUAGCUUCUUUAAUAAUUAGGCUUUACAAUCCAUAAUUGAUAUUAAAAUUGAUUCAGGAAAUUCAUUAACAUUAUUAAAAUAUGUUUAAGGAAAAAUUAUAAAUAGAACAAGUGUCUGAUGUUCAAAAGAUUCUUAUUAUGGUAUAUUCUAACUUAAAUAUUUAUAAAGGAUUAAAAAUGCUUCUUAAAAUACAUCAUGGGAAAUUAUUUUAGAUGUCCUCAAAAUUUUAAGGAAUGUUUGCAAAUUUAAGUACUAUCGAAAAUGAAAGAUAAAUAUAUAAUUAAACUGAUAUAAAUGAAUACAUAAAAAUAAUAAUUAUUGAUAAGAAAGAGAAGUUACAAGCGUUAUUUAAUAAGUACAAAAAUAUAGAAUUUACAAAAGAUGAAUUAGCCGAUUUUAAUAUCAUAUCUAAUCUUAUUAGUAAGGAAAUAAAUGAAAUAAAAAACAAGGAUUGGCAAGAUAAAAUCAAAUUCCAUCAUAUAGUUUUAUUCUCUGAAAUUCUAACUAAAUUAUAACUUAUUGGUUUAGUUUAGUAAGAUAAAAACAUUAUCUAAUAAGAUAUUAUCAAAUUAUUAGAUGAACAUCUUUUGGAGAUGAAUUCAAAUAUACAAACAGAUAUGGUUUCGUCAUCAGUAAAGAAUAUUUAAUAAAUGAACUUAGAAAAAUCAUUAAUGAAAUUAAGAUAAAACGAUUUAUUUGAUUGUGAAAGUUCAAUGAAGAUAUUAGAUAAUUUAAUAAUUAUUUCAUAAAAGUUAAAAUUAAUAUUCAAAUAAAAUCUUAAUAAUACUCACUCUGAAAAUUAAGAAACAAUACUAUAGUUUUUUAAUAAGUUUAAAGGUACAUAUUCAUAAAGCCUAAAUUAAGUAAUAAUUGAUUUAUAACAAUAAACAUUAUAACUUUUUUAACCAAUUUAUAAUAAGGAAUAAAUUAUUUUUGAUGAAGAAUUUUUGUCUUAACUUCCAAAAUAACCUAAAAUAUCUUAAAUCCCUGUCAUAAUAUAAAUACUUAGCUUUAAUACACUUAGUAUCGAUGAUUAGGAAAUAAAGCAGUAGGAUGAAAAACCUGAUAUAUUAUAAAAUAUUAUUAUAGAAUUAAAAAAGGGCAAUAGAGUUAAUUAAGAAAAAGGAAUACUUGAUAUAUUUGAAAAUUCAUCUUAUAAAGUGAGGGAAUUACUUGUAUUUAAUUUAAUUAAAAUGCAAUCAAUUAUCUAAGAAUAAACCAUUUAAGAGUUUUGUGAAAACUAAUUACAAUAAAUUUGGAUUAUUGAAAAACAUCCAAGUGUUCGAAAUCUACUUAAAAAUGAUGAAAUGAUUAUGAUGCAGAAAAAGUUAUUUUCUAAAGAUUUACAAAAUUUCUCAAUUAGAUUAAAAGUAGAAAUGCAAACAAGAUUAAAAUAAAUAGAGGAACUUGAAACUUAGGUGCUUCUUAGUGAUAAUUAAGAAGAAAUCAAAAUAUAAUUAUAACAAGCUUAUGAUAAUUUUGAAAUAUAUUUGGAUAAUAUAACAGAUAUGUCAUAAAGAUUAGAUAUUAGUUUAAUUUUUUUAAGAGAAAUCAGCAAAGAUUUGAAAAAUAUUAAAUCUUCCAUAGAUUAAGUGCUAAUAAGUAUAAAAGGGGUUGAAGAUGACAUAAGGAGAUUAAGAGGGAAGAAUUUCUUGGAAUUAUUAAACAUGCGAAAAUUAAAAGUUUUGAAAUAAAAGCAUGAAAAUGAGUUAGAUUAAGUUCAUAUAAAGGUUACAACUCAAGAUUAUGAUCCUAUCUCUGGAAAUAGAAAAAUAAAUAGUAAAGGGGAAUUUAUUACAUUCUUAAUUAAAGAUUAAUAUGAUAAUUAUGAUGGAGAAGUGAAUGAAUUUUUAUGGAGUGAUUAAGAAAAGUAAAAAGAUGUAAUGUUAAUUAAAGGAAAAGCAGGCUCAGGAAAAAGUAGAGCAUCACGUAAUAUUGAAGAAUUUAUAUGGAUUUGUGAUACGAUUUCACCGAAUUGGGUUCCAAUUUAUGUAUCACUUCCUUCGUUAAAAGAUCCUCAUCACAAUUUAAUUGAUUAAGCUCUUGAAUCUGAAAAUUACAACUUUGAUAAUAUUUAAAUAAGAGAAUUUAAAGAUGCUGUCAUAAAUGGAAAACUUAAGAUAGUGAUUAUACUUGAAAGCUAUGAUGAGAUGAAAUUUGAUUGUAUUGGAACUAAUCUCUAUCAAACUAACAGACUAGCUUAAGAUCUUAAUCUCUAAGCAUCAGGAUAAACAGUAAAAGUGAUUAUUACUACAAGAGAAGAAAUUUUGAAUUCUAUUGGAUAUUAAACAUGGUUUUAUGGUUAGAAUAUAGAUACCCUUAAAGAAAUUGAAAUAUUGCCUUUUAGUUAGGAGUAGAGUUCUUAAUAUAUUAAACAAUACGUUGAAAUAAGUGUGAAAAGGACAAUUAAAAAGUUUUAUGAAUUUCUCAAACAAUUGAAAGGAUAAAACUUUUCAUUAGAGUAAUUUAAGUUGAUAUGGAAUCAAUUAGAAAAUAUAAUUAAUUCGAUAGUAUUAUAAUAAUAAAAUUCUGAAGUUUUAUUUUCAAGUUAAGAUGUUGAUAAGCUCAUAAAAUAAAUUUAAGUAGUAGAGUUUUUUACUUUUAUAAAAUCAAAUUAGAUGGUAUCUUUAAAAAAAGAACUUCUUUAAUUGUGGGGAGAGUAAAAAUUCUCUUAAGUAAUUAAUAAUGUGAAUAUAAAUCAUUUAUUGACAACUCCAUUUAUGAUGGAAAUAAUUGUGUAUGUUUUACCAAAAAUGUCAUAAUUUUUCUCAAAACCUAAUUUAAUUAGAGAUCUACUUAAAAAGAAUUAUAUGAUUCUGAAAACAGAAGCUAAAAAAUCAGAGGAAUAGAUUGAUCAAUUAUUAUAAAAGCAAAUAAAUGAGUAAGAUUUUGACAAAAAGAUUUAACCUGUUGCCAAGUAGAAUUAAGAGCUCUAAAUUAUGGAAUAAUUUACUUAAAUUUUAGAAGAUUUAGAUAAUUAAAACUUUUUUGAAUCAUUUUCUAUAGCUAAUUCGUUAGAAUAUAUAAAUAAAGUUAGUAUUUUUUCAACAAAAUACUUUAAAGUAAGAUAUGAUGCUAACUUUAUUGUUUCAGCAUUUAGGUUAAAUUAAUUUACUGCUUUUGAUUUCUAUGAAAUAUUUGUAAACUUCUAUCACAAUUAACAAUUACAAAAAUUAAAAGAUUUAGGAAAAAAUAUAAAACAAGAAAGUUUUUUAUUAGAUUUACAAGAUUUUUCAAUAUUUUUGGCUAUAGAUAUGUCAAAACGUUAAAUUACUUAAGUAAAUUAUAACUAAAAAGGAAAAUUAUUUAUUCAAUCAGCUAAAGAAGAGAGAAAAAUUGAAGUCUCUUGGGAAGAUUCUUAUUUCAGUGAUAAUUAAGAUGAUUUUGAAUACAAAACAUUAUUAAGAAAAUGCAUGCUAAUUAAUAGCAAAGGCAGUAUAUAUUCUUUCAAUCAUAAAUCCAUCUAAGAAUUUUUUGUAGCAAAAUACAUUCUAAAUUUGAUUGAGAAAAUCUUCAUUAAGGAGAAAGAAAGAGUUGAUAAUAAUAUAUUAUAGAAAAGCAGUUUUAACAGUAGUGAAUUUAAUUUAUCACUGGAGCAUUAUUCUGGCACAUUAGAACUAUUAAAGCCAAAGAUAAAAUAGAUUCGAGAAAUUAAGUAAAAAUUAAUAUAAUUAUCAUAAUUAUCGAAGACAAAUUGUGAUUAAAAUUUUAUUAGAUCAGCUUCUAAUUGUCUGUAUAUUUUAAGUUCUUUAAAAGAAAAUUUAGAUAAGAUUGAUUUAAGUAAUAUAAGUAUAGCAGAUACUAAAUUAAAUGGAAUAAGCUUUUAUUAAUGUAUUUUAAACAAUUCAAAAUUUUAUAAUAUUUCAAUUGAUUCAUGCAAUUUCAAUUGUGCAUAAAUCGAGAAUGCAGUUUGGGAAAAUUUGAUUUGCAAAGAGAAACCAUCAUUAUGUGGUCAUCAAUCUAAAAUAAAUUAAAUUGUAUUUAAUGAUGAUGGAAAUACUUUAAUAUCAGGCAGUGAAGAUGGAGUUAUUAAUAUAUGGUAAGUAUAUGCCUAUGAUUAACCAAAAAGUCUAAUUUUAUAAAAUAAUGAAAAAUUAUUAACCUUUUCAAAAAGUAACAGUUUGUUAGCAUGUCUUACAUCAAAUUUUAUAUCUUUAUAUAAUUCUAAUGAUCUAAGUGAAUUACAAUAUUAAACUUUAAUAAAUUUUGACUAUAAAGACAUUAUAUUAUCAACAAAUAGUAAAUAUCUAGCUGUCGAAUCAAAUUCAGGUUAAAUACACUUUUGGCUAAUAUCAAAUUUAUUAACAUCAAAAUAAUAAUAAAAAUAUCUCACUACAGAAAAGAAUUAAGAUACCAUCCAAACAAUAGCAAUAUCCCCAAAUUAUUAACUCUUAGCUACAGGUGGCAUUCGAAUUUAAAUAUGGAAUUCUAAAAAUAUUCCAGACAUUUAAUUACUUCUUGAACUACCAGUAUAAAAAAAACCUACAUUAGCGAUAACAUUUUCAAAAGAUAACUAGGUAUUAGCAACAGGAGGUGAAAGUAAGAAGCUCUAAUUUUGGGAUAUCUAAAACCUAUAGUAAGUUUAACUAUUACAUUCUUUUGAUUCUUAGUCAAUUAUUGAAUAAGUAUCUUAUUCAAAAGAUGGAAAAUUGUUUGCCUCAAGGUCUAAAUCUCAAUUAAAGUUGUACGAAGUAUAAAAGUUCCCAGAUUAAUAAGACUUUUUUAUAAUAGAAUCUUCAGUUUAAGUAAAUUUGGUUGAGAUAUCUUUUGACUGUUAAACUGUAGCCUGUACCCAAAAAAAAGGUCCUAGAGAUGUAAAUGCAAUAAUAAAAAUAUGGGAUAUAAAGUAACUUCAUCAAAUUAAGUUGCUUACAAAUUUGAUUGAGCACACUGAAGAUAUUUUAUGUUUAAAAUUCAGGAAUGAUAAUUUAAUAUUGGCUUCAGGUAGCUUAGACAAGAAUAUUUGUUUAUGGGAUUUGCAAAAAUUAAUAAUAAUUAUUAAAUUAAAUGCUCAUUCAAAUCGUGUUUUAGAUCUUACUUUUUCUUCUGAUGGAAAGCAAAUGGCAUCUAGUAGUUUGGAUAACACAAUUAUUUUUUGGGAUAUUACUGAUUAAGAUUAACCAUAAAUGUAAAAAACAUUAUAACUAUAAACUGAAGCUAAUAAAGUUAUUUUCUGGCCAAAUAAGUAAAUAUUAAUAUCAUUAAAUUGCCAUCAUUCUAAAAAAAUACAAUUUUGGAAUUCUGUCGAUUUUCAAAUGAUUACUAGUUAAGAAAUAGAAGAAAAUUUUAUAGAUAUAAAUUUUAAUUAAGAUGAUGACAGUAUGAUAUCAUUAAGUGAUAAAGGAAUGAUUAGGAUAUGGAAAAUAAAUGGAUAAUCUUUUUAGAUUGAAAAAAAGUUUAAAUUGAAAGAUUGUUAACCUAUAAAAAAGUUUUUCAAUUUAAAUAAUUAAAGUAUCAUUGUACAUUCAAAUGUCUAAGUGUUAUAAAUAUAUGUAUAAGAUGAUGAAGCAAUCUAAAAAAAAGCACUUUUUCAUUUUUCUAAUAAUGCAUAUAGCAUGUCAUUAGCAUACAAUAAAAAGUUUAUAGUUGUUGGAUGUAUAUAAGGCAUGGAGAUUAUAGUUAUAGAAAACCAUAAUAGUUAAAAUAUGAUAUAUUUUGAAUCCAAAAAUUUCUGUAAUGAUUUUUAAUUUUCAAAUGAUUCCUCACUUUUGGCUGUUGCUAAUGAGAAAGGAGCAUUUAUUAAAAAUAUAGAAACAAAUGAAAUGCUUUAGAAUUUCGAAGAAAAUAACAGGUGUAUUUCAAUUUGUUUUAUUGGUAUAGAAUAAUUAGCAAUCGGAAUAGAUAUUCUUGGAGGAUAAUUAGUUUUAUAUGAUAUAAAAGAUUUUUAAUCAAUAAAAAAGCUAAAAAUAAUUUAAUUACCUAGGAAUCCUUUUAAAAUAUUAUAUUUAGAACAACAGUAAAAAAUUUGUAUUUACAGUUACAGUUUUGUUAUAGUGAUAAAUUUAUCAAAUUAAGAAUUAAUUUAAUUGAUAUAAAUAGAUAAGGGUAAAAAAUCCAAAGACUUUGUAUUAGAUUCUGAUUAAUUAUUAGUAGGAUAUGGAUUAGAAAAUCAAAUUUGUUUUAGUCAAUUUUCUGAUUUAAUGAUAUUGGAUAAACUAUUUUAACCAAAAUAAUAGAAUUUAUACUUAUAUAAGAACUUUUCAUUAGAUAGUAACUUUUUCUCAGUUAUCUCAAAUGAUUCAAUUUACACUUAAUAUGAGAUCGGUUCUAAUAAAAUUAUAUAAUAAGUUAAUUUGAAUUUGUAAAAUUUGUCAUUUAUAACAUUAAGCAAUCAAGAAUCAUAUUUGGUUGCAAUUUAAGAAAUGUAUAUGAAAAAAUGGAUAUAAAAGUCAUCUCUAUUUGAUUUAAAAACUAAAAAAACAAUUUCUUGCUUUGAGGAAAUAGAUGAAUAAAAGUUUAAAUGUUAAAAAGUCGUCUUUUCUUAAGAUGGAUUAAAUUUUGUUUCAAGUUAUUCUGAUCUUACAAUUAAAUUAUGGGAUGCUAAAUCUUGUAAAUUACUUUCCAUGUUUAAAAGUGAUACGUUAAUUAUUGAAUCCAUUAGAAUUUCUCAAAAGGGAAUAUUAGCAUAAACUAGUUAAUCUAUUAUUAAGUUAUGGAAUUUAAAAGCCUUAAAACAAUAACAAUUCGAAAUGGAUGGUCACUCUGAUUCCAUUUAAUAAUUGUGUGUUUCCUCAGAUGGUUUUUAAUUAGUAUCUGGAUCAGAGUCUGAAAUCAUCAGAUGGGAUUUGAUAGAACUAAAAAAGAUAGAUAUUUUAUUAAAGGGUAAAAGAUUGCCAUGUUCAUUUUGCUUCUCUUAAAAUUGUUAAUAUUUUGCUGCUGGAGAUGAUUAAAAUGCAAUCCAUCUUUGGAAAUUAAAUACAAAAUACAUUAUCGAACAUCACUUUAUAUUAUAUUUUUUUUUUAAUGAUAAAAUAGCUUUUAGUUUGGAUCAUACACAAUUUAUAUGUUAGCAUAGCAAUUCUAAAAUUUUAAUUUUGAAUUUAGAAUAGGUAUCUAAAUAGAAGUAAAUGAUAUUCUAAUAAAACAUAAAUUUUAUUCCGAGAUCUAUUAUUCUUUCGUCUAAUUUUCUUAUAAAAACUAAUCCAUUUGAAUUAAUUAGUACAAAUAAUAAUCCGGAGCUAAAGAACGAAAAAGUAGAGGGGAUUGAAGUAAGUAAAAUAAUAAAAAUAGCAAUUUGUGUCAUUUCUUAGAGAUUGGCGAUUGAAGAUCAGAAUUAUUCCAUAAUUAUAUAUUCAAUCGAAAAAAAAUAAAAACAAUCUGUAUUACAAGAUAAUUCACAAAAAAAUACAAAAAUUUUAUCGAUGAGUUUUUCUGGUAAUAGCAAGAUUUUUUUCUCAUGUCAUGAUGAUUAAAAAAUAAGAAUUUGGAAUAUCAGUGAUACAUUUACUUUAAUUAUGUAGAAAGAUCUUUAAUAUUAUGGAAAUUCUAAUAGUUUAAGAUGGAUAUAAUGUUUAUAAAUUUUUCCAUUAAAAGAUGAAGAAUAUAUUGUAAUAUGGUCAGAAAUGUACUAAUUUUGGGAUGUACAAAUAAAUCAUAUUGUUUAUUAAAUCGAAAAUGUUUAAUUAUUAGAUGAAGCAAUGAACUAAACCGCAAAUUUAGAGAAUUUCUCAGUUGGAUUUAGCUAAUUAAAUAAUGUAAUAGCUCUCUAAUUUAAAACCAACCUAAAAUUAUACGAUAUAGAAAAAAAAUAAGUGAUUACAACUUUAGAAGGGAACUCUUUUGAAUAAUAAUCAUUUUCUACAAUUCUUGUAUUUUCAGAAGAUGGGAAAUAUCUAUUAUCAUUAGGCAGGGAUCACACUAUAAGAUUAUGGAACAUCUCUGACUAUAAAUCAAUAAAAAUAUAAGUUAAUUUGACAAAACGAGUUGAAGCUUUUGCAUUCUAGUUUUUAAAUUCACAAACUAUCAGGAUUCUUAGUAAGUCUGGAUAAAUUAUUGAUGAACAAAUUUCUGAUUAUACAGAAAUAGGUGUUAUAGAAGAUGAAAAUAAAUUUGAUUUUACGAAAGCAUAAAGAUAAUUAUAAGUAUCAGAAUAUAUUGGAAAUUUUGAAGAUAGAAUUUUGGAGAUUUUUGAUGCUAAAAAAAAUGAAUUAAAAUAUACUCUGAACUAAUUUAGUUCCAAAAUAAAGAACUUAUUGUUUAUUUCAUCUGGAUAACAAUUCAUACUUGGAAUGGAAGAUGGAUCAAUUUAAUUAUAUAAAAUUGAUAAGCAAACAUUGUAGAUUUAUGAAUAACCAAUUUGUUAUUACAUAUUUGCAAAAAAUCCUCUCCUAUAAGCCUUACAUUGUAGUAUUCGAUAAUCUAAAUUUCAAACAAUUGAGAAUGAAAAUUUUGAAAAAUUAUUAGUUGAUAAAGGAGCCAUAAAAUGA